CCUUCCACAGCCGCUCCCGGGCCAAGGCUAGCUAGCGACCAGGAGAAAUAGAGUGGAAAAUGCAAAACAACGAAAUUAUUAAACCUGCCAAAUACUUCUCAGAGCUGGAGAAGAGCAUCUUGCUUGCUUUAGUAGAAAAGUACAAGUAUGUGUUGGAAUGUAAGAAAAGCGAUGCGCGAACUAUUGCCCUCAAGCAGCGUACCUGGCAGGCACUGGCUCACGAGUACAACUCUCAGCCCAGCGUGUCGCUGCGGGAUUUCAAACAGCUGAAGAAGUGCUGGGAGAACAUCAAGGCUCGGACCAAAAAAAUUAUGGCCCAUGAGAGGAGGGAGAAAGUGAAGCGCAGCGGGAGCCCAUUGCUGAGUACCCACGUCCUGGGGAAGGAGAAGAUCGGCAGCAUGCUGCCAGAGCAGCUGUACUUCCUGCAGAGCCCACCCGAGGAGGAGCCCGAAUACCACCCGGAUGCUGCCGCCCAAGAAUUAAAUGUUAGGGAAUCUGAUAUCAGAGUAUGUGAUGAAUCAUCCUGUAAAUAUGGAGGUGUCUGCAAAGAAGAUGGAGAUGGUUUGAAAUGUGCAUGCCAAUUUCAGUGCCAUACAAAUUACAUUCCUGUCUGUGGAUCAAAUGGGGACACUUAUCAGAAUGAAUGUUUUCUCAGGAGAGCUGCUUGCAAGCACCAGAAAGACAUAACAGUGGUGGCCCGGGGACCUUGCUACUCUGAUAAUGGCUCUGGAUCUGGAGAAGGAGAGGAGGAAGGCUCGGGAGCAGAGGCUCACAGGAAGCAUUCCAAGUGUGGACCGUGCAAGUACAAGGCUGAGUGUGACGAGGAUGCGGAAAAUGUUGGGUGUGUAUGUAACAUAGACUGCAGUGGGUACAGUUUUAACCCUGUGUGUGCUUCUGAUGGGAGUUCCUACAACAAUCCCUGUUUCGUUCGAGAAGCAUCUUGUAUAAAGCAAGAACAGAUCGACAUAAGGCAUCUUGGCCACUGUACAGACACAGACGACACGAACUUAUUGGGAAAGAAGGAUGACGGGCUGCAGUAUCGACCAGAUGUGAAAGAUGCAGGUGAUCAAAGGGAAGAUGUUUAUAUUGGAAGCCACAUGCCUUGCCCUGAAAACCUUAAUGGGUACUGCAUCCACGGGAAGUGCGAAUUUGUCUACUCUACUCAGAAGGCUUCUUGUAGAUGCGAAUCUGGUUACACUGGGCAGCACUGUGAAAAGACGGACUUUAGUAUUCUCUAUGUGGUACCAAGCAGGCAGAAGCUCACUCAUGUUCUUAUCGCAGCCAUUAUUGGAGCUGUACAGAUCGCCAUUAUAGUAGCAAUUGUCAUGUGCAUAACAAGGAAAUGCCCCAAGAACAACAGAGGACGUCGACAGAAGCAAAACCUAGGUCAUUUUACUUCAGAUACUUCAUCCAGAAUGGUUUGAGCCGCUGACUUUUAUAUGCACACUGACCAUGUGAUGUACAUUUAUUAUGUCUUUUUUUAAAGAAUGGAAAUAUUUAUUUCAGAGGCCUUAUUUUUGGACAUUUUUAGUGUAGUACUGUUGGCUCGUAUUUAGACUAUUUAGCUACAACAGUUUUGGACUGUUCGGUAGUCUCUGUUUUAUGUUUUUUAAAUACAGAAAUUGAUUUCACGAAAUUGUGCCACAUGGUAAUACCGAGACCUGUUCUUUACCCAUGGAAUGUAAUAUUUUUGCAGAGACGGAUGGACCUGCUUCACAGGGUUGUGAUGUUGUACUUCCUCCCCAGUGACCACAGCAAACAACAAAGCAUGAACUAAAGUAAAGAUGUUUACAGAUUACUUUUCUUACAAAAAAAAAAAUCUAGAAGACACUGUGUUUAAAUAGAUAUUUCAAUGUUUCUGAGAUUUAGUACCUGAUUUUUUUAGACACCUGCCCCUGUUGCAUGAGCUGCAAAGCUAUGUGUAUGUUAGACGUAACAGAUUUAUAAGCUGUUCGGACUGGAAUUGAGGAUUUCUCUCUUUGGAGACAUAAACAAUUUGGAAAGGCACCUGGGAAAAGAUCACUGAGAAUAGAUUUAGAUAUUGUCAAGAAGACUGUUUAAUAAGCAGAUUGGAAUAAAACCUACAGUAUCAGUUAAAUGACUUUAAUACACAUUUAUUUUUCAAACAUUAUAUCUGUUUUAAUAUAAAUAUACAAAUUGUAUCAGUGUUUGUGAAUACAAUGCAGAAAUAAUUGUUAAUCACUGGUGCUCUGAGAGUGAGCUUAAAAAUGACCUAAGACCUCUAACUCAAAUUUGUCCUGUAGUAGCUCUAUUAAUUGUUGGUGUUUAAAGGUCUGAAAUGUGAGUAGAAUGUAUUGAGGUGUUUAACGUGUAGUUUAGCCUGUCAAAAUUAUGCAUGUAGAAUUUAAAUACUAUGUUUAAACUUAAAUAUUAAUUUUAAUUAUUUGAUUUGGUAAAGCAUGUUAUAAUAUAAUGUUUUC